CUUGAGCUGCCGAGGAUCUCAGAGCAGACUUUGCCGGAGCACCUGCCAGAAACAUGUCCCACAACGACGUAACUACCACGAGGCACAUGGUGGCGGUCAUAGCAACGGUGGAAGAAUGGUCCUCUCUGAAAUCUCUGCUGCGGGACAGCGCUGGAGAUAAGGACCACCGGUCAACCUUCAGCUCUCUGGGAUCAAACCAAGUCUGUGACCUCACAGUGCAUGGUCACUUCAUCAGUUUGCACUAUGCAGAUUUAUAACAAGACAUGACAGAAGAGGCCAUCAGCAAUGCAAUAGAUGGCUGCUUUAAGUCUUGCACAGAUGGAGUCAGUAUAUUCCUGCUGCUGAUCCAAGGUGGACAUUAUACAAAGAGGGAAAGAAGACUGAUAGAGAUCCUGCAGACACACUUUGGAGCUGAGGCUCUAAAAUAUCUUGUAAUUCUCUCUCUGGAAGACGGAAAGGUGGUCGACGCUCUGGAUGAUGCCCUCAUGGAGUUAAUAAACGUGUGUGAUGGAAGAUACUGCCGCAUCACAUCAUCUGCCGCAGGACACAAGAUGCGCGCGCUGCUUGAGAUGAUCGACUACACGCUCGCUGAGAAUGGAGUGAGCGGUUACACCGACACCAUGCUGGCCGAAGCGAGGAAAAGGAGCACGGAGGACUCGGCCAUGAUGAUGCUGAAACAGAAGGUGCGAGAGGCAGAGGAGAAGGAGCAGACCUUCGGGCAGCUGGUUCAACAGCAAGAGGAGAGAAGAGCCAGAGAAAUGGAGGCGCUCAGGUUGAAGCACGCUGAGGAGAGAAAGAAGGAGGCGGCUGAAAGAAAGCAAUAUAAGACAAAGAGAGAGGGCCUUGAGGAGGCUGUGAUGAGCCAUAGAGCCAUGCUGCAGCUCCAGGUAACUGCCACUGAAGAUGAUGAGACAAAGAAGAUGUCUGUCAUCCUGUUGGGUCUCUCUGGCAGUGGGAAGACUUCUGCAAAAAAUCUAAUUCUAGAGAGAGCAUGUAACCAAUACUCUGCUCAUGAGUCCAGCCAUGAAAUCCCACAGUCAACCUUGACUUGUGAGAGAAAAGAGGUGUUUGCAGCAGGGAGGCGACUCAUCCUGGUGGACACCCCCGAGCUGUGGGAUGAAGACGGGGCAGAAAAUCUGGAGCUGGUCAAGGAUUGCUUGGCUUUGUCCCUCCCAGGACCACAUGUGUUUUUGCUGGUGCUCCAGGUGGGACGCUUCACCCAGGGUGAGAGCGAGAUGAUGGGGCACCUGCAGAAGACCUUUGGACGAGAGGUCGCGGAGCACGCCAUCGUUCUGUUUGUCCGCUUUGACGGUAACCAGCACAGGCCUCAGAGGAUCAACGACUACGUGGCCGGAGCUCAUUCAGCCCUGCAGGAUCUGUUGCGAAAGUGUGGGAGUCGCUAUUAUGAGGUGAAUGUCACAAAGUCCCAGAAUGCUUUGAGCUACCCUCAAGUGAAAGACCUGCUUUCAGGGAUGAACAAACUGGUUGCGUCACACGGGGGACGCUCCUGCUCAGUGAGGAGAUUUCCUGUGCAGGAGCUGCAGGACAGGAAGACGGUGAUCGAGGAGAGACAGGAGGGGGUGCAGGAAGUAAACUACUUAUUGAGAGAAGCUGAAUGAGGGGAGACACUAUGUAUGCAAAACCUGUACAACGUCAUACAAUCUGUGAUUAAGAUUUCCUCCUUGAAGCAUGAAAUGUUCAUUUUCUGGUGAUGCAUUUAUUCAUUCAGUCACUGCAGGCAUUUUGAAUCAGAUUGAAUUACAAUGCAAAUGUAUUACUUUUAAAUAAGAUGCUGUCAUGAUUUGCUUUUGAAAGCUGGAUUGAUCUAAAUGAGUGGAUUUCACAAAAUCUGCAAUUUAUGGGGUUUACUUACUAUAUUUUUUAGACUGUAUUCAUAUGCUAUAGACAUAAAUGCAAGUGACAUACAGAUAAUAUUAUAUUAAAUGUUGGUGUUGUGGGGAUUUUCCAGAUUAAAAGGCAGAGUGGAACAUAUCAGGAAUAAUUCGUGACAUGUUUAUCUGCACCGAGCAGAGAGGGGAGGAAAAGAAAAAGCACAGCUGCAGAUUUGAUGUACUUUUUGGACUUCCCCAUGGGUACGAGGACUGAUCUGACAAGUUCAUGAGAUGUGCUUGUUUGAUAUGUCGAUUGCCUAACAGUCGCUUCCUCAAACAGCAUUCUUCAGAUGUACUCAGCUGCCAACAAACUCAUGCAACUGCACAAAAGAUUGAUGAUAAAUGUGGUUUAGAUUUCCCUAUCGCGGUUAUUAACUAUUUCUGUUCGAUCUGUGACUGAGUUUGAUGUAAUGGCUUGUAAUUUAACACUUAUGAUGGGUUUUGUUAUUUGCAGUUAGUCUGCUCAUCUUUACACUCAUUACAGUCUUUUAUAUGGUUUGAUGAA